CGUUAUAGAGAGUGACCACUUCCGCGUUGACCCACGUUUUUACAGGAGAUAUUAUUAUAAGGAGAAGUGUUCGCCAAUAAAAAGUUGUUUUAAAAACACUCAAGAUGAGGCCACUAACAGACGAGGAGACGAAAACGAUGUUUGAGAAGUUGUCGAAAUACAUCGGUGAAAACAUAAAACUUCUCGUGGACCGACCUGAUGGUACCUACUGUUUCAGGCUACACAAUGACCGUGUGUACUACAUGAGUGAGAAAAUCCUUAAAUUGGCCACAAACAUUUCUCGGGACAAGCUCGUGUCAGUGGGAACGUGUUUUGGAAAGUUUACGAAGACCACUAAGUUCCGCCUGCACAUCACAGCUCUGGAUUUCCUGGCGCCCUAUGCAAAGUUCAAGGUGUGGGUGAAACCUGGAGCAGAGCAGUCUUUCCUCUAUGGGAACCAUGUGCUAAAAUCUGGGCUCGGGAGAAUCACUGAGAACACUAUGCAGUACCAAGGAGUUGUGGUCUACUCCAUGGCUGAUGUGCCCCUGGGUUUUGGAGUAGCGGCCAAGUCUACCCAGGAGUGUCGGCGAGUGGACCCCAUGUCCAUCGUAGUGUUUCACCAGGCCGAUGUGGGAGAGUUCAUUAGGAAUGAAGACACAUUAACAUAAAUAUGCAUUAACAGCUGGACUGUAAAAUGCAUCUUUUCUUAAACAAUUGCAUACGCAGUAAAAUUCGCACCCAGAACAGCUGGAGAACAGAAGCGGUGGGAUUUAAGUGCCUGGUUCAAGGGCACCUUACCAGCAGAUGUAACUAGCCCAUAUUUCCAAUUUAGGGACUGAAAUAGAGACCUGUUGACUCACUUUAGGAUACGCUAAUCUGCCACACACAGGAUUCCUUUGGUCAGAGCCUCCUGAUACUCCACUGAAUCAUAUCUUGUCAAAAUGAAGGGGAAUGCUUUUCUGUAUCUUUUGUAAAUGUCACCUUUCAAAUAAAUCCAUAUGUCUUUGUA